AUGCACGGCAUUACAGAAACGAUACUAGAGACUUUCGCACAGCACUGGCUCUCAAUAGGCCUGUCACUUAUUGUAGCCUGGCUGGUGAAGAACCGCUAUAACAAUGGCCUCAACAAGUACCCAGGACCCUUCCUGGCCUCAUUAACAGACUGGUGGCGCUUCUUCGAUGUAAAGGGCUGCCGUCCAGAGGUUACACAUCAAAAGUUGCACGCAAAAUAUGGUGACGUCGUCCGUCUCGGCCCCAACACUCUCUCCUUUGCCGACCCAGCUGCUUUGAAGAGCAUCUACGGCCUGAACAAGGGCUUCGUAAAGUCCGACUUUUAUAUCGUCCAACAGUCUAUUGCCAAGGGCUUCAGGCUCGAGUCCCUUUUUAGCACGACAAACAAUGACUUCCACUCUCAGUUCCGUCGUUGCGUCAACUCGGCCUUCUCCAUGUCCGCCUUGGUCCAGUAUGAGCCCUUUGUCGACAACACGACGAAGCUCUUCCUCUCUCAGACGGAGAAGCUGUUUGCUGGAAACCCCGAGGGAUGUGACUUCACCACGUGGUUGCAGUUCUACGCAUUCGACGUCAUUGGAGAGAUCACCUACAGCAAGCGCCACGGCUUCAUCGAGAAGAAUGAGGACAUUGAUGGAAUUGUGGCCUACCUGGGCAAGCUGUUCCUCUAUGUCGCACCGAUUGGCCAAAUCCCCUUCCUCGAUCUCCUGCUCCUUAAGAACCCAAUCUACCUGAAGCUCUCCCAAUGGGGCUUCAUCGACGCCACCUUCCCCGUAGCCCGCUUCGCCCGCGACCGCAUGGCCGAGCGCCUCCCCGAGCUCGACGGCAAGGAACCCCUCCUCCCCGUCACCUCGGGCAAGAAGCUCGCCGAGCAGCCCGACCUCCUCUCCAAGUUCCUGGCCGCGCGCGAGGCCCGCCCCGAGUUCAUGUCCGACAUCCUCGUCCAGACCAUGGCCGUCAGCAUGGCCUUUGCCGGCUCCGAGACCACCGCCAUCAGCCUGGCUGCCGUCUUCUACUACCUUCUCCGGACCCCGACGGCGCUGACGCGGUUGAGGGACGAGCUGGAUACGUUUGCGCGGGAGGGCGGCUUCAGUGAUAACGAGACGGGACUGGUGACGUGGACUGAGGCCCAGAAGCUCGUGUAUCUCGAUGCAUGUGUCAAGGAGGCCUUCCGCAUGCACCCGGCCGCCGGUCUGCCGCUGGAGCGCAUCGUCCCUGACCAGGGCGCCGAGAUUGCGGGCCACUUUGUCAAGGGCGGCACGAUUGUGGGCUGCAGCGCGUGGAUUAUUCACCGCCGACCAGAGAUUUGGGGUGAGGAUGUCGAUACCUACCGCCCGGAGCGUUGGUUGCCGGAGGAGGGCAAGGAUGCCGCGGCGGAGGAGAAGAGGAUCAAGGAGAUGAACGGGCACAUGUUCCAGUUUGGCAUGGGCAGCCGGACGUGUAUCGGAAAGAACAUUAGUCUGUUGGAGAUUUACAAGGUCAUUCCGAGCUUGCUCAGGAGAUUCGACAUUUCCUUCAAGGACCCGAGCCAAGAGUGGGAGCUGGUCAACGCGUGGUUCGUCAAGCAGAACAACUUCCAGGCCAAGUUUUCCAGGAGGGAUAUCAUUACCAAAGACAGUACCAACGAGAAGGUUGAGUCAUAG